AUGCGGCUCAAAAAAUCACAAAGGGCCGAGUUCUUCGAGGAAGAAGAAGUCGUCGCCGAAAAGCCCGCGCUCAGGCGACUUCCUUCGAAGCCCUUCCGAUUCUUUGAUUUACCCUCGGAGAUUCGCGAGCGGAUCUACCACUUUGCCUUGUUCACGCCGUCGCGGAAGAGCGCGCUGAAGAAGAAUGGCACCGUCGGUGCUUCCGCAAAGAAAAGCAAAGCUUUCUCUCCAGCGACACAGCGCAUCGCUUUAUUUUUGACCUCGCGACGUAUCCACGAUGAGGCCAGUUACUACUUUUACUCGACGCAAAUUUUCCGCCUCUUCCCCGUGCAGGACUUUGCGCGCAUGCCGACCGUCCGUCAACUACCCCGUCGUCACCGCAGCUCCGUGACUACAAUCGAGCUGAUUCUUGGGAAUAGCUGGACUGCCCCGCCGCGAACGUGGACAGUCAACCAGGGCUUGGGCCUACACGAUAUGGUCCUCACGCGCACACUGAAGGUGUUUAUCGAAUGCGAUCCCUCGCAGCCGAUCUUUGAGGGUUUCCGCGUCUCCAAGGAGUACUACACCGAGUUUGCGGGGCGACUUAUGCGACAGGUUUUGGAACGACUGCCGGGCCUGGUCCAGGUCGAAUUCGAUGCUUACCCUUCGGUCCACAAGAAUGGGUCUUUGAUGACCCGGUUACUGCAGGAGACUCGAGAUUUCCAGAAAAUGGUUCUCUGGGGCCCAGAGAGAGGCUGGGUAGAUGAUGAGGAUGAUUAUGAUGAUCCGAAAGAGGACCCGGCAGACGCGGUCAUUGAUGGCCUGCGCGCCUCUCAUCCAGAGGUUGAUGUUCUGACCAACUCAUUGCAUCUCGUGAGUUUGGGAACGGAGACUGUGGCUGCUUAG